ACUAUAAAUGCUAAAAUGUUGAAAAUGCAAACUUUCUUCAAUUCCAAAUCUCAAGAGUUUAAUGAAAUUGUCACUAUGAUGAGACUUCCAACAGAUAGUUAUGUUGAUAUUUUGAAGAGUUCAGUCAUCAAUAGCUUUUGAGAGUUUAUAUGAUGAUGCGAGAGUAAAAAGAUUAAGGUUAUACAUGUGGAUUUUAACAACUGGAGGCAGAGAUAAUCAUGAGAAUUUAGAAAUAAACUCUUUUUGGGUUUAAACUCGCUCCAAUGAUAAAAAUUACUUGAUACUUUCU